AUGGAGAACGUCGGACGCACCGGCGGAAGGCGGACGGCGGACGGCGGGUUCCUUGCAUUGUGCACAGAGCAUGCAGGCCUUACCUGUACACAGUGCAAGGUACCCGCCGUCCGCCGUCUGCCUUCCGUCGGUGCGUCCGCGUUCGCAUACGCCGUGCCGGUGAGUCCGCGCUUUCCCAUUUCUCUCACAGCGGCUGCUACUCUGAGCUCUCCAUUCCAUUAUUCCAUCUUGGAUCGGGCCGGCUGUUUAGCAUUUCGCGGGCAUAAUGAGAGUUUUGAUUCCAAAAACCAAGGAAAUUUUCUUGAGCUAUUGCAAUUUUUAGCAGAACAUAAUGAAGAUAUAAGUAAUGUUGUAUUAAAGAAUGCUCUAGAGAAUUUGAAAUUAACUGCACCUGAUAUUCAGAAAGAUAUUUGUAGAGCCAUAUCUAUUGCAAUUACAGACUACAUAAAAGCAGAAGUUGGUGACAGUUUCUUCUCUAUUCUCGUUGAUGAAGCUCGUGAUGUGUCAGGGAAAGAACAAAUGGCUGUCGUUAUACGAUAUGUGAAUGAGAAAGGACUAAUUAUUGAAUGUUUUUUGGGUAUUGUACACGUUCCUGAAACGUCAGCUCGAUGUCUCAAAAAAGGAGUUGAACAAAUCCUUUCAAAUUACAAUUUGUCGCAUUCUAAAAUUCGUUGUCAAGGUUAUGAUGGUGCAAGCAACAUGAGUGGAGAAUUUAAUGGCCUAAAAGCACUUUUUCUGAAUGAUACUAACUCUGCAUAUUAUAUUCAUUGCUUCACACACCAGCUUCAGUUAGCGUUAGUUGCAGUUGCGAAAAAUCAUGUUCAUAUUGCACUAUUAUUUACUAUAAUUUCAAAUGUGAUGAAUAUUGUGGGUGUCUCAUGCAAACGUCGUAAUCAACUAAGAGAUAAACAACACGAUAUGACAUUAAGUGCAUUACAAAAGGGUGAGGUGUUCACUGGACGAGGAUUAAAUCAAGAAAUAUCUUUACGGCGUGCUGGUGAAACUAGAUGGGGUUCUCAUUAUGAGUCACUAAUCAGAUUAAUUACAAUGUUCUCCUCAGUUGUUGAUAUGCUUGAAAUAGUUUUGGAGGAUGGCAUAAGUUCUGAACAGAGAGGGGAAGCUUUUGCACUAUUAGAAUCAAUGCAAUCUUUUGACUUUUCUUUUUGUUUGCACUUAAUGAAAGACAUACUUGGAAUCACUGCAGAACUCUCAGAUGCUUUAAAAAGGAAAGAUCAGGACAUCUUGAAUAAUCGUUUCACAGAAGCUAAUACUGAAUUACUUUUGUGCAUUGCUUGUUUAAAUCCAUCAAAUUUGUUCUGUGCAUUCAACAAAGAAAAGUUGAUUAAAAUGGCAAACUUAUAUCCAAGUGAUUUCACUCCUUCGGAUUUGAUGAUUCUUGAUAAUCAGCUAGAAACUUACAUUAUGGAUAUGCGGCUUGAUGUACAAUUUUCAUUAUUAAAGGAUAUAGGAAGUCUUGCUGAAAAAAUGGUUCAAAGCAGAAAGGAAAUACUAUAUCGUCUUAUUUUUAGGUUAUUGAAGUUGGCAUUGGUACUACCCGUUGUAACAGUAGGAGAUGAAAGAGCAUUUUCUGCAAUGGCAAUCAUAAAAAAUCGGCUACGCAAUCGAAUUGGAGAUCAAUGGAUGAACGAUACUUUAAUUGCUUAUAUUGAAAAAGAAAAUUUAGAUUAUAUUGAUAAUGAUGCUAUUAUUCAGUUAUUUCAAAAUAUGAAGAAUAGAAGGUAUAAGUUGUUACUUGUAAGUGUACUUCAUUUUAAGUUUAGUAGUUUGCUUUUAAACCAAAAUUUUUAA